CAUUUUCCUUGCAACUUGUAAUACUGCACUGGGCCCUUGAAUAAGUUCAAAACAGUUUUCAUUGUAUGUUGCAGAAAUCCAAUGAUUGAUCUGACUCUCUUAUCCAUCCACUGUGUUCUUAGAUUUUGGGAUCUCCCAUUGCAUAGAUAGAAUAUGCAGGGAGAGAUGGAAACUGUGGUUCCAAACUAUAUCAACAUAUCGAAAGCAGAUAAGGAAACUGAUCCAGGAGAACUUGAUGCUGGUGCACUGUUUGUCCUCAAAUCGCGAGGAUCAUGGUUACACUGUGGAUAUCAUUUGACAACAUCCAUUGUUGGUCCUGUGAUCUUUAGUCUUCCCUUUGCUCUGGCCUUGUUAGGAUGGGGCCCUGGAAUUUUAAGCAUAACUCUUGCAGCUCUAGUGACUUUCUAUUCAUACAAUCUGUUGUCUGUGGUUUUGGAGCAUCAAGCACAACUUGGCAAGCGUCAGCUUCGAUUCCGAGACAUGGCCAGAGACAUUCUAGGACCUGGAUGGGGCAAGUAUUUUGUGGGUCCACUUCAAUUUGCAACAUGCUAUGGUGCUGUUAUUGCCUGCUCUCUUCUUGGGGGGCAGAGCCUUAAGUUCAUUUACCUUCUGUACGACUCUAAUGGAGAAAUGAAGCUGUACCAGUUUAUAAUUAUUUUUGGAGCUGCAACAUUAGUUUUGGCACAAAUGCCAUCCUUCCACUCUCUAAGGCAUAUUAACCUUGUCUCUUUGAUCCUCAUUCUUGCUUACAGUGCUUGCGCCACUGCUGGUUCUAUAUAUAUUGGAAAUUCUAAGAAUGCACCUCCUAAGGAUUACUCCAUAAAUGGAUCUCAAGAAAAUCGAUUUUUUGGUGCUAUUAAUGCCAUUUCAAUCAUCUCUACCACAUAUGGAAGUGGAAUUAUUCCUGAAAUACAGGCAACUUUAGUUCCUCCUGUAAAGGGGAAAAUGUUCAAGGGCUUAUGCAUCUGCUAUGCUGUGAUAGUCACUACAUAUUUCAGUGUUGCAAUCUCUGGGUAUUGGGCAUUUGGCAAUCAGGCUAAGGGGAUAAUUCUUACCAAUUUUGCAGGUGAUGGCAACCCAUUGUUGCCUUCUUGGUUUUUCUUGAUAACCAAUAUUUUCACUCUCAUGCAACUAAUUGCUAUAACUGUGAUUUACUUGCAACCAACAAAUGAAUUGUUCGAGAAAUGGUUCGCUAACUCAAAAAUGGAUCAAUUCUCUAUUCGCAAUGUCGUUCCAAGGUUGAUCUUUCGAUCAUUAUCAGUUAUUAUAGCUACUUUGUUUGCUGCAAUGUUACCUUUCUUUGGAGAUAUCUUGGCAUUGUUUGGAGCAUUUGGAAUCAUUCCUUUGGAUUUCAUUUUGCCAAUGGUGUUUUACAACAUAACUUUCAAACCAUCCAAACAAAGCCUAUUGUUCUGGAUUAACACAUUGGUAGCUAUAAUCUCUUCAAUUUUGGUAGUUAUUGGGGCUAUUGCAUCAGUUAGACAGAUUGUUCUUGAUGCCAAGACAUAUAGCUUGUUUGCUAACAUGUAAUCCUACCACAAAGUGACAAACCUAUUUUAUUGUUGGCUAAUACAAAAUGAUAAACCUAUUUUAUUGUGAAA